GCCAGCGCAGAUUCUGCGGCUCCCACUCGUGAAGUCAGCUUCGUUCUCCCCGGUGCCACGCAGGGCGUCAGUGUUGCUGUGCAGGCCAGCUUUGACCCACCGGCGCCUGCGGACUCGCCGCCCAUGGUUCGGCGACCCCAUCGGCAUCUCGUGUCGGAGAAGGUGACCAAGGAGGACGAGGAGGAGGAG